UUCAAUUCGAGCCCCCAGAAGCUGUUUUGAACAUUUCUAUUAAUACAACAUUUUUCUUCCUUUCAGCUCCCGAAACAACAUCUCUGAUAACGACUGAACAUACAACUGAACAUAUAAUAGAGGAAGAACGUGCGCCGACCAACACUGAUGAACCCGUAAUAGAAGAUAUAACCGAUAAGGGCUGCCCGGAGAUAACAACCACCUUCAUCAUCACCGUGUCAGGGAUGUUCAUCGUUUCCCUUGGGGUCAACUAUAUCUGCUUUAAAUGUGGACAGAAAAGUGGUGCCCAAAAUGAACGGAAACGCUUAAAAAUAGAGUUUUCUGAAGACACUCAAGCGAUAAAUGUCCAACAUUACCAUAACGAGGAUGAAAACAUAGGACUAGAGAGGAUAGCUGAACAUCCAGGACCCUCCGCAGGCCAGAUAUCUAAUCCAACACACGAAUACGCCGCAUAUGAUGAAAUCAAAGACCAGCGACAACGUAUGCAAGACUCUCAGAGGAGGAAAGAAGGAGGCUACCUAACACCAGUUUUUCAAGAGCCGAGUCGAUCACAACCCCCUGCAAGAUCUGGAGGAAAUGGCUACGUAUCCCCGGUUACAGCAGCUAAGCAGGCCAGCGGACAGCGAAAUAAAAAUGAUUCCCCAUCACCACCUGGAAAUGGUGGGUAUCUUUCACCCCUUCGGGAAGCAAAGGAUGCGGCUGCAAGACUGUUGUCGGGCAAUAGUGAUUCCAGCUCAAACAAAUCAGAUAAAUCGGACAAAUCUAGAAAAUAUCAGAAUGAACCGCCUCGCAAAUCUCCACCUAAGACAGCUCCACUUUACGAGGCAAUCAAAGACGCAAGUAUUAUCCAAGAACAUCCUUAUAUUGAUCUACAGACUAGUAUGUCGUAGUUCCUAUUUAUUUUUAUUUUUCGUCAUUGUUUUUUUUUCGAACUUAUAAUGAAUUCAUGCUUUAAUAGUAUUUUCUUUUAUAGUUCCUCUUAAGUUUUAAAAAUGUUUAUAACGAAUUUAUUUUGAAUAAUAGUACUCAUACAUUUGUAUCAUAUAUUUUAUAUAACACAAUAUUUUAAUACAAAACUAAUAUUUUGGAUUUAUUUAGAUUACUUGCAGGUUACAUGUACCGACAGAAAUAGUUGUGAGCUCUCAUUUUUGAUUUUUCGUUCAUGCUUUUAUGUAACUUCAUUAUCAAAAUCAUCUAUAUUCAUUUGCUUAAGUUCAAGUAUAUACAUGUAUCUACCUUAAGCUUUCCAUAAUCGAAUCUGUAUAAUUUAUUGCUUUUCCUAGUUUGUAUGAAUCAUGUGCUUUAAAAUAAGCAUUCAAUUGUAGCAUAGCUUAAAGAAAACUCAUUUUGCCAAUUUACUAAUAAAUCUUUAAUAUGGAAAUAGUGUUCUUCAGUUGACUAAAUCAUUUAUUUCAGAUGACUGAUAUGGUGUGGAUAUUUUUUGGUAGUGAAAAUAAUAUCAGAUGGGGGAAUAAAGGUUUCAUUAGCAGUUUUUGAUAAAUGCUUCAUUUUAGAAUAAACACUGAUGCCCCCGUGCGGCAGCUUAUGGCGAGCGAUGACGCUUCUCAAAUUCAUAUAAAAAACAGUUGAUAUCCAAAGAAAGGCCUUCACACAAGGAAAACGCCUGUGAAAUAUGAAAGCUUUAUGAGUACUGUUGUUCGAAAGUAGUUACCAAGGUUAAAUUUUCUUAAAAGUGGUUCAAACUCUAAGGUCAGAGUGAAAAAAAUAUUUAUAAUUAUUGAAUGUCUUCUCACAAUAAAUCAUGUGAUGUACUAAAGGCCUAGUAUCAACUGUUCAAAAAUUAACAUGUUAAAGUUUGAUAUUUUUUUGCAAAAGUGGGUAAAAGUCCCAGGUCAAGAGGUUAAAUUUGUUCGAACUCAAGAGAGGAAAACAUUUAUGAAAAAAUAAAGCAUUAGCCCCAUCCACUCAAUAGUUAUGUGCAGUAUUCAAGAUACUGCGGACAAACAGACAAACGGAUGCACAGAAUACAGGCCAUUUACAGUUUAAAUAAAUAAUGUUAUGAUUUUCUUUAAUUUUAUUGCAAAAGUAAUACUUCAAAACAAAAACUAAUGUUAGAAUAUCUUCAGAUUACUUCUUUCAACUUGAAUAGCCAGUGGUCAAGCACGUUGAUCCAGGCCAGCUAAGAGUUGGAUUCCGCAGAUAGAGAGUUCAACCUCAGGUUUGGUAGUUAAUGGGUUCCCUUGUAUUGCGAAUUUUUUUUAUAUUCUGCUUUUAUAUAUUAAUAAUCGUGAAGCUCUUUUGUUAAUGAAAUACAUAUACAAACAUGCAUGUA